GGCUGCAUGGAUGGGCAGGGAGUUUUUGCACAGAACAGAACCAUACCGCCAAACCAAAACCUUAUGCGAAGUAUCUAUCUUUUGACGAUAGUGGUCCUGACAGAAAUGAAGCGUUAGCGUUAGUUCUGGCAGGUCACGUGAGUCAAGCUUGCAUCAGCUGAUUCUCAGCUGAUCGUAUCUACCUAUAGGAAUACAACACCUAUCGCGGCAUUCCUAUAUAAGCUCUCUUCCGUAUCAAUCAACAGCUUUUUCCGCUUGCUCAGGAGCAAAUCACCCUCCUCCAUCCCCAACUCCUCCUUUCGCAGUCAGGACUUGUCUUCUGAUAUUCCUUGCUGAAUCAUACUUAAAUGCAUUUAAAUAUCAUUAUGUACAUUUAAUGAUAUCUGCUUGUUCUGUUCUGUUUACCCUAGGGGGGUUAUUAUUGUUGCUCUCCCUGCUCAUUCAUGACAGGCUGCAUGGAUGGGCAGGGAGUUUUUGCACAGAACAGAACCAUACCGCCAAACCAAAACCUUAUGCUAAGUAUAUAUCUUUUGACGAUAGUGGUCCUGACAGAAGUUGAGUUUUUACCAAAAAGUUCUAUUUUGGUUUCAUCUGACCAUAUGACAUUCUCCCAAUCCUCUUCAGACGGGCCUGGACAUGUACUGGCUUAAGCAGGGGGACACGUCUGGCACUGCAGGAUUUGAGGCCUUUGUUACUUUGGUCCCAGCUCUCUGCAGGUCAUUCACUAGGUCCCCCCAUGUGGUUCUGGGAUUUUUGCUCACAGUUCUUAUGAUCAUUUUGACCCCACGGGGUGAGAUCUUGUGUGGAGCCCCAGAUCAAGGGAGAUUGUCAGUGGUCUUGUAUGUCUUCCAUUUUCUAAUAAUUGCUCCCACAGUUGAUUUCUUCACACCAAGCUGCUUACCUAUUGCAGAUUCAGUCUUCCCAGCCUGGUGCAGGUCUACAAUUUUGUUUCUGGUGUCCUUUGACAGCUCUUUGGUCUUGGCCAUGGUGGAGUUUGGAGUUGGACUGUUUGAGGUUGUGGACAGGUGUCUUUUAUACUGAUAACGAGUUCAAACAGAUGCCAUUAAUACAGGUAACGAGUGGAGGACAGAGGAGCCUCUUAAAGAAGUUACAGGUCUGUGAGAGCCAGAAAUCUUGCUUGUUUGUAGGUGACCAAAUACUUUUUACCGAGGAAUUUACCAAUUAAUUCUUUAAAAAUCCUACAAUGUGAUUUUCUGGAUUUUUUUUUUUCUCAUUUUGUCUCUCAUAGUUGAGGUAUACCUACGAUGAAAAUUACAGGCCUCUCCCAUCUUUUUAAGUGGGAGAACUUGCACAAUUGGUGGCUGACUAAAUACUUUUUUGCCCCACUGUAUAUCAUCGCCGACAUAUACAUUGUCAUAUCGCCAUAGCAAGCAGUAAUGAUAGCAAGUUUAAUGAACACAUUUGACUAGCUAGUUGAUAACCAAAAUCUAAAAAAAAAAAAAAACCUAACAAGACUGACUAGUGCUAAUGCUAUGUUCCCCUUGCUAGUGCUCUUUUUUUACCUGCUGGGACAGGUAUGUUUUUUUCCCACAAAAGCAAGAUCACCUUGUUUUAACGUUAAAGUCAUGCACAUAUAACAAUUUCAAGCAUUUUGUAUGGUUUAUACACAACAAAACAGCAUGUAUUUGACUGAAAAUCCAGAAUCACCAACAAGCUAACUGUAAAGAUGUCAUACAGCUGCAGCUCACAUGAAUGAAAGUGGCAUGUCUGAACUAGUUGAUACAGGAAAUCAGCAGUCUAAUAAAGAGGUCGAUUGGCAAAAAGUAUUUUAUGUAUUUGGAAAAUACAAAAAUACUAACAGUAAAUGUAUUUAAAUACAAAAUACAUUAGAUUUUGUCAAAGGUAUUUAAAUAAAAAAUAGUAUUUAGUAUUUCAAAUACGUAUUUUAAAUACAUGUAUUUGAAAUACUGCCCAUCCCUGGUUACAAGACUUUCUGUCCAUUAGGCCACGACUGCCCCCCAUAUAUUAUUAAUUAUAUCAUCUCAUAUAUAAAAUGGUCUCUAUUUGAUGUUUCUGAAACUAGCUUAUAUUAAUUGGAUAUAUUCAGACUGAUAUAAAUACACCAUGUAGAAGGAAGUUAGUGGGAUCCAUCUGCAUGUUUGUAUAUUCCACUAUCUACACUGCUAGAUUAAAACGAAACAGAUGUUUACAUUCAAAUAUCUCUAUGAGUGUGAUCUGUCAUGUGAGUAAGCAAUUGGUGAACUCAUUUGCCCAGAGGACCAUGAGAGCUUUUUAGCAUCUCAGAAAUCAAUAUUGUGAGAUCAAUGGGACUCUGCUGAAGUGCUUUUCCCUAGCACAAUCUGUGUCACACGUACACGGGGACACAAAAGAACCGCAAAAAGGGCCACAAAGACCUCACAUCAAGCUUUGCAGCUGGAAAGAAGACUUAAAAAUAGCAUUCAAAGAGAGCACUUCUAAGGAUAGACUGCAAAAUGACCAACUUUACAGAAGAAGAUCUGGACAACUAUUUGCAAAAUCAGGUGGAUCUCAGGCAUCGUCAGGUUUCAAAGUCCGUGGAAGAUGUGCAGAAAAUCAUAAAAGAUCUUACAGCUGAAGUCAGCUCAAAGGAUGCUCGUUUCCAGUCCAUUGCAAACUCUGGAGUUCAUAAUGCCAGUCUCAAAGUAAUACUUCAUGACCAGCCAGCUUUAGUGUCAAAAUGGUCUGCAUUACUCCGAGGAAGAUGUGCAUACAACCCUGCCAUCCAAGUGCUCACUCCAACUCUGUUCCUGAUUUCAGUGCCCCUACAGGGUCUGAUGGGCUAUAAGGAGAGGCGUGCGCGUCAAUGGCGUUACUACACACUGAGCGGGUCUCGUCUCCUCUCCCCGGUCCGUGAGCCAGAGAAGCUCCACCAGUGGCUGGAGCUGGAGAGUUUCGUCAAUCCGAGUCAGGAGUGGCAUGAUACCCGCAUGACCAUUGAGGGUGAUAUUGUGCCUGCCAAGGUGGUGAACGUCUUCAAAGAGCAACUGGAGGCAUCCAUUAAGACCUGCGGACUAACAAGUAAGGUGAGUGUGCUGGAAUCAGUUGGGUCAGUGGUGCGUGUUGCUGUGGAAACAUCAGAGGCACAAAUUGAGGUGGAAUUGGUUCCUACACUGGAGCUAAUGAACUACUGGCCAAAGAGAGCUAGGUGGCCUCGGCUUUUUCGAAGAUGGCCCUCCGCAGAGCGUGCUCGCUGUAUUAAGUCGUUUGGAUUCAAUCUAAUGGCCACAUCAAACUACCACUGGCUGCUGUCAUUCUCACGAGCAGAGCAGGUGCUGUUGAGCAAUAUAGAUGACGACGGCGGCUGCCGCAGGAAGUGUUAUCGGGUGGUCAGACAGCUCAAGGAGGACGUCUGGUGUCCUGGAAGCAAACCCGUCAUCACUGCCUACCACCUACAGACACUGCUUUUCUGGACAUGUGAGAAGUACCCCUGCACCAGGGACUGGAGAGACUUCAGAGGAUGUGUAUUACGGCUGGUGCAAAAGCUACAUAAGUGUGUUAGCCAGCAUUAUCUCCGGCAUUAUUUUGUACGAUCUCACAACCUCCUGAAAUACAGCAAUACUAAUGAGCUUGAUGACGUGGCAAAGAAGAUCAAUAAUUUCCUGGACAACCCUGGAACAUACGUUCAUUAGAAGCUUCCUUUGUGGGUUAGAUGGCAUAGAUCUAUGUUAGCUGUGCUCUGUUCUGACUGCAUCAUAUUGAUGAGAUGAUCAUGGUAAUAGGCUGUGGUUGGCUAAAGUAAGUAUGCAUGUAUUUCCUUAUGUCUGUCUGAUGCUGAAAU